GUCAUGUGCUACCCAUAAAAACAUCCGGAUUCAAAGUUGCCGCGUACGGAACGGAAAAAAAAACAUACAAAGUGGCAGUUUUGUCACUUUUUAACGGUUGAAGUCGUUAAAAUAUACUUUUACUAUAAAGAUGUUUAGCUACAUGGAUAUGUAAAGGCGCAGCUUUCGGGUUAGCUUCAUUAAAUGGAUUUGGGAGGCUCAAAGAAAAUGCGAUCCAGGGAGCUGCCACCUCUCCCACAGAGUCUGUGAUGGUUGGAAUCGUCUGACCUCUGCCCUUAAUAAUCCCUGUCGUGGCGUACGUAUGAGCACAGAUUUAGCCAAGGAUUUAACUGAGUCAGCCAAGAUGUUACGUGUAGCUUCACUCACUCUCCACUCUUCUCUGAUUCUUGAGGGGAAUGACCAGAAAGACCGUGCGAGGACAGCGAUCUCUUCCCACAAUGCCGAGCCAAGAGGCAACCGGAGAGGCACCGCCAGCGAAACACAAGAAGAAGAGGAGGGUGAGAAAUGAGACGAAUGGAGUCGAUGAUAUGGACGAUCAGGGGAUGGAGAUGGGCGGUUUUGGCAGCCGGAGAGCGUCAGAGGUCGGAGAGCAUCUUUCUUUUGAAGUCCCAUCGGAUGCACCACCGCAGAGGAGGAAGAAGAAAAAGAAAAGUGCUACGAUAGAUCUUGAAGAUGACCACACUGACCUGGUGAACGGAGACACCGCUGAUCAGACCACCGAUGGAGAGGAAGUGGUGAAAAAACCCAAAAAGAAAAAGAAGUUGAAAGCCGUUGAAUCACAGCUUCCUGAUGAGUUGGACGUAGAAGAGGAUGACAUCAUCACCGACUCCCCUCCUCCGAUCCCCCAGCAUUCCCUGUUCUCGGCCCCUCAGGGUCAGAGUCAGCCAGUGGGGAAAGUGUUUGUAGAGAGGAACAAGCGUUUCCAGGCUGCCGAGCGCUCCGACUGGAGGAAGACCAGUGACCAGACGGACAACAUGACCGACUUCCAGCACAUUCAGCCACUCUGGACCACCAGGGACGUUUCUGUCAAAGUGCACGAAGGCUUUCGGUCGUUUGGCCUGUACUGUCACGGCUUCCUGGCAGGCUACGCCGUGUGGAACGUGGUGGUGGUGUACAUGUUGGCGGGGCAGCACCUCACCGCUCUGUCCAACCUGCUGGAGCAGUACCACUACCUGGCUUACCCGUCACAGUCGCUUCUCUACAUGCUGCUGGCCAUCAGCACCGUGGCUGCUUUUGACAGAGUGAACCUAGCUAAAGGCUCCAUGGCUCUGCGGGAGUUCCUGACACUGGACCCAGUCGCUCUCGCCUCUUUCUUGUAUUUCUCAGCGCUGGUCCUCUCUCUGAGCCAGCAGAUGACCAGCGAUCGAAUCAACCUGUACCCAACUGUCAACGGGACGUUAUGGCCACAAGGGUUGGAGCACCAGAUUCUCCACCCUUGGGUGACGGUCAACCUGGUGGUGGCUCUGCUGGUGGGGCUUGCCUGGAUCUGCAUCGCCACCCGACCUGAGACAGACUACACUGAAUGUUACCUACGGGCCAUGGAGAUUGAGCCUCCCAAACCAGAGGACAAAUCAGAAAUGACGGCCUGAGAAGACGCACGCCGUGCAGCUUUGCUGUUGUUUUGCACAUGUUUUUUGUUUUUGUUUUUUUUUUUCAUUUUAGCAGUGAACUCUGCAUGUACUGAUAUUUAUUUUUGUAUUUUUUAAAUGCAAACGUGCUGUUCUCUUUUCGAAUACAGUUUUAUUCAACUAA